GCUUGUGGCCCGAGCGGCUGUUACCUUGUAUUGCUGAAGUAGCGGCCGAUCCCGUGGCCGCGCUGUGGGCCGGAGAUUUCCUUCCAGAGACUCAAGUGUUUGUCUCCCCUCCCCCAGAUCGAAACAACAUAAACAUUAAACAGUACAACUGCCUCAGAGUCUGGGAAUUUCAGGAUGACCGACGCUUCUGAAGCUGUUCCAAAUUUUGAAGAGAUGUUCGCCAGCAGAUUCACAGAAGACGACAGAGAGUACCAGGAAUACCUGAAACGCCCCCCCGAGUCCCCUCCGAUCGUGGAGGAGUGGAAUAGCAGAGCUGGCGGGAACCAGAGAAAUCGAGGCAAUCGGUUGCAAGAUAACAGACAGUUUAGAGGUAGGGAUAGCAGACGGGGGUGGCCAAGUGACAAUCGAUCCAAUCAGUGGCACGGACGAUCCUGGGGUAACAAUUACCCGCAGCACAGACAAGAGCCUUACUACCCCCACCAGUACGGACAUUAUGGUUACAACCAACGGCCUCCCUAUGGCUACUACUGAUGGAAACAGCAGCAGCUACCACUUACUCUGUUAAUGUGACAAAAGUUUGUAUCUUCUGUUGGUCAUAGUUUUUACAUCUGAUUUCAAAGAGGAUUAUUAACUUUUGGAACUUAUUUUUAGUUUUUGUUUUUUUUUUUUAAUGAGUUCUUACCAGAGACAUGUUGGUUGCUGGGAAUAAGUACUCCCCUAAAAAGGUUGUGGAUUAUAUUACCUGACUUCUACCUCAGAUUUCUUCUUUGUUUCAUGAUUUAACAGUGUUUUGAACUUGGUGUGUGUUUUCUUUGUUUGAUCUCCAGGAGUUCUGUCUUUGUUUUACACAGAAAUAAAAGUUUUAAAGUAGAAAA